UACCGACAAAUGACAUCUUUUGGCCUUCUACUGUUUGCCGAAUUGUAAAUUGGCUUGUUUUUUGUUUUCUGUUUCUCAUGAUUAUUUCCAAUCACAUGUGAUAAAAUGGCCCGAUUAAUAACAUCAAAAUUUUGGAAUCGAUUCAUUGUUGCCAAUGUUCGAUUGUUGCAGCAAAUUCAACCACAUAGAAAUAUGAAUUUAUUCAUUCAACAGCGACAAAAAUUACCACCACCAAUGAUGGUUCGUAUACGUUCAUUUGCUUCAUAUGGUGUUGAUCUUCCACCAGUGGAUCCAAAAGAAGUGGAAUUACGUGUAUUCAAAUCACUAUCUACUCAUGAUAAGAUUGAUCCGAAAAACGUUAAAAUCACCAGCCAUUUAACCAAUGAUCUUGGCCUGGAUUCAUUGGAUCAAGUUGAAAUAAUGGUGGCACUUGAAGAUGAAUUUGAAAUAUCAAUCGAUGAUGUUGAUGCGGAAAAAAUUUAUACCGUUCAAGAUAUUGUUGAUUUCAUUGUAAACAAAUUAAAAUCAAAACCAGAUCCACGACAAAAUCCUGGUGCAAGAUAUGAUCCAAAUAUGGAUUUUGGUCCCGUGUAGUGUGUGGCUUGAAUUGAUUGAUUGAUAAUUGAUUUCUUAUUGUUAUUAGCGAUUUGAAUUUAUAAAUAAAAAUAAAAAUUUUUGGUGAUCAU